UAGUUUUUAUUUUGUUUUUUGAAAAAUUCAAAUAUUUAAAUUUUUGCGUGCCACUUAAUUCUUAGAUCUUUCACUCUAUACUUAUAUUGAAAAUGUGCUCACGCGAUCCAGCCUCCAAUCAGCUGAUCGAUUUCAAGAACAACGAUGCUGAGGCUCAAAAGGAUUGCACCACCUCGGGUGGUACGCCCAUAGGUGUCAAGGACGCCAUACAGACAGUGGGACCACGCGGACCUGCUUUGCUGCAGGAUUUCGUCUUUCUGGAUGAGAUGUCCAGCUUUGAUACGGAGCGUAUACCCGAACGUGUAGCCUAUGCCAAGGGCGCUGGCGCUUUUGGUUACUUUGAGUGCACGCACGACAUUUCCAAGUUCUGCGCGGCCAGCGUAUUCGAUAAGAUUAAGAAACGCACAGCGAUUGCCAUGAGAUUCUCGGUGGCUUGCGGGGAGAACGGUUCGGCGGAUACAGUGCGAGAGCAGCGCGGCUUUGCUAUCAAAUUCUAUACGGAAGAUGGCGUCUGGGAUGUGGUGGGCUGUAAUAUGCCGGUUUAUUAUGUGCGCGAUCCUUCGCUCUUUCCCAGCUUGAUACAUGCGCAGAAACGUAAUCCACAAACUCAUCUACGUGAUCCGGAUAUGUUCUGGGAUUUCAUGACGUUACGUCCGGAGACUUUGCAUGCGCUACUGAUGUACUUUAGCGAUCGUGGCACACCAGAUGGCUAUCGCCAUAUGCAUGGCUAUGGUGCGCAUACCUAUCGCUUGGUUAAUCCCAGUGGGGAAACAUUCUAUUGUAAAUUUCACUUCAAGACCGAUCAGGGUAUCAAGAAUAUGGAUGCCAGACGCUGCUCCGAGCUAAUGUCGUACGACCCAGACUAUUCCAUACGCGAUUUGUACAAUGCCAUCAAGAAGGGCAACUAUCCGAGCUGGAGCAUGUUUAUACAAAUAAUGCUCAACGAGGAGGCGAAGAAAUGCAAAUUUAAUCCUUUCGAUGUAACCAAAGUCUGGCCACAAAAGGAUUAUCCAUUGCUGCCAGUUGGACGACUGGUGCUCGAUCGCAACCCCACUAAUUAUUUUACGGAAAUGGAACAGCUCGCAUUUAGUCCAGCGCACUUUAUUCCUGGUAUUGAACCCUCUCCCGAUAAAAUGCUGCAGGGACGUCUGUUCGCCUAUGGCGACUCCCAACGCUAUCGUCUAGGCAUUAACUAUAUGCAAAUACCCGUCAAUUGUCCCUAUCGCGUGCAGGUGAAGAACUUCCAACGUGAUGGCAGCAUGUGCGUUACGGAUAAUCAAGAUGGCGCACCCAACUAUUUUCCCAACUCUUUCUGCGGUCCCAAGGAGAGCUCACGUGCGCUUGCUUUGCAAACUUGUUGUCCCGUUGCUGGUGAUGUCUAUCGCUAUAUGAGCGGAGAUACCGAAGAUAAUUUCAGUCAAGUCACCGAUUUCUGGACUUAUACUUUGGAUAACUGUGGACGUAAGCGACUCGUGCGCAAUAUCUCCGAGCAUUUGUCCAAUGCUAGUCAGUUCCUACAGGAGCGUGCCAUCAAGCUCUUCACCAUGGUGCAUUCUGACUUUGGACGUCUGAUGACCGAAGCUCUAAACACCGCUAGAAUCUCAAAAUUCUGAUAUGUGCUGAAAAAUGUUUGACUAAGCGUAUUGAUCUAUAAAAAAUUUAUAUGUGUGUGUAUGGUUAGCUGAUAGGGCCACGUAUUUAGCUACCAUCAUGGUCUUAUCGUGCUGUUUGUGGCAAAGAAAUAAUAAACGUCUGAUAACAAUCACGAA